AUGUCAACAAACAACAUUCAAUCCAACAAAAACAUUUAUACUUUGGCAACAAUCUCUGAAGCAUUGGAGUGUACAUCUGUUCCUGGAGUGAUAACUCUUAGACUUGAUACUACUAUAAAAGUUAGAACAUCUGAGUGGAGAGAUUGCUUGCUAGAAAUUGGUGAAUCCUGUGCAGUCAAAUGGAUUAUCCAUAAUUCUAACAAGCAACCUACUGAUAUUACUGCUGAAGAAGCCAAAGACAGUGAUAUUAAGAUGUGCUUUUCCCAAGAGUAUUCGUGUCAUCAUGCUGGCACUUAUGAAUCUAAGGCAGCCAUGAGAAAAAAUAAGUGUUCUGCUCUUUUUCAUGUCAGAGGAUUCUUUAAGACGCCAGAGUGGUGUGAGAUAACUUUGACAAAAGAUCAUACUGAGCAUACUCCUGGUGAUGUUCAUGAAGAUAUGUGUACUCUUCCUCUUGCAAAGAAAUACCUCAAUGAGCUGUCCCAAUAA